CUCUCUCGCACACACUAAAAGGCGCAGGUAGACAUGUCAUGAAGUGAGCUUGGCGCGUAAAGGUCCACAUGUUCACAUGAGAACGAUGAGAUAUUCAAACUUUCCCAAGGGCGCUUGAAGUGUUUGUGAGUACACCCACGUGAGUCACUGUGGUGUGAAUCCAGCGGUGACACAAACAUUUUGGUCACGCACAGUAAAUAGGGUUUCAUCUUGACUUUAAUAUCACAAUAGCUUUCUUCACCACACCGACUCUUCAGCCCGAGUGGGGAUGUUGUCAUGUUAGAGGUAAAAUAGUCAAAAUGGAUCUGCCAAAAAACUGCACUACUGUAACUGUUCGUCCUCCUGAGACUGUACGAACCCUCAGCAGCCUUUCAAAAUCAAAUCAAAUCUCUUUGUGUCAUGUCAUCAGCCGAUGGGUGUUGAGAAACAGAGAAGAGGACGUUGCCAGCAGUGAGCACGCAACAAACACUCACAACGUUCAGCUGCACGACACUGAGACGCCCGUUGUGCCAUGCCACGAUCGUUCCUCGUCAAGAGCAAGAGGAGUCAUCUCCUCGUCCCGUCCAAGGACUCCUCUCGGCAACACGCCCAAGCAGACGAGGAGAAACCCGUGGUGGCGCGUGAGAGUAGUAGGCACCAUGAAGAUGCCGUGCAGACCCCUGUUUUAGGGGUGAAAGACCUCCGGUUUGAAGCCUCAUCAGCGUGGGGUGGGAAGAUGGUCCGCUCCCACAGUACCUCCACAGAUGACUCUUGGCCUUUGGCCCCCUUGGAGACCGGAGACGCUCCUCUGCCGGUCUCACAGUGGUCGUCCGACAUCCGGCAACACACGACGGAAAGAGAGCGAGAGCUGGAGAGGCUGGUCUACAUGUUGCUCAAACACACGUCACACACGGACCUCAAAUCUCCAGUCAGCGAGUGUCCGCUCUGCGAAAAGUCCCUUUCAGAAGUCCUCAUCUCAGGCGGUGGUCUUUGGAACAACCUCUCCAUCCCUUUGACGAGGUCGCCCCCAGCUACGGACGUGCCACACAUGCCGUUUGGCUACAGGGCGAUUGGGAGCUAUGGCAGAGCCAAGGAGCGAAGCUUUGGCUGCAAGGUGUGCGGGAAGGUGUUCAAGCGCUCGUCCACCCUGUCCACGCACCUCCUCAUCCACUCGGACACGCGGCCCUACCCUUGCCAGUACUGCGGCAAAAGGUUCCACCAGAAGUCCGACAUGAAGAAACACACCUUCAUACACACAGGUGAGAAACCACACGUGUGCAAGGUGUGCGGUAAAGGAUUCAGCCAAAGCUCCAACCUCAUCACCCACAGCCGAAAGCACAGCAGCUACCGGCCGUUCAGCUGUCACCGCUGCCAGCACAGCUUCCAGCGCAGGGUGGACCUGCAGCGCCACCAAGAGACGCAGUGCGGCUAUGCGGACAUGUACGCCCAGGCCUGACACCACACAGCUGCAUGAUAUUGUCAGCAUUUAUAUUUGUAAAAAUCUGAAAAAUAUGUAAAUGCAAUGCUUGAUAAGAAUGGCUUGUAUGAAUAAAGCUCUUUUAAGAAAUAUUAUUUUAUCGCCACGUAUAUUUAAUGUAAGAAAAAAAAAAAGCAACUAGGAUUAUUUCAAGAAGCUCCAGACCAAGUAUUCUUAGAGAAACAAUAUCAAUAUCAUACUGUAAUAUGAUAACAGUGCGGUUUUAGAGAUAAUCAAUUCACUACUGCAUGUACAGGAAGUUUAUUUUGAAAGGACUUCAGCAAAAUUAAUAAAAAUGUGAAUUUUCAGCACAUUUUUUUUUUUUAAACAGUACUUGGAAUUUAAAGCUACUUUAGUUGAUGUUUUUAUAGAAAUAAAUAAAUUUUAAAGAAAUAAAUUA